UAUUGAUGAAUUCUUGAAUUUCAGAUUCCAAAAGGAAUCUGAAAUUUAGGGUUCUUCAAUUUAGAGGAAUUUAACUUUUUGGGGUAAAACAAUAUAGAUUCUUGAAAGGAAUUUUUUGGGAAUUAAAGAGAAAAUGUUAGGAUUUUGAUUGAAAGAAAAAAAAUAAAAUCUUGAAUUUAGGGUUCUUGAAUAUUCUUUGAAAGUUUUUUUUUUCCUUUCUUGAAUGUAGGGGUAGUAUUAAAUUUUUGGGGGUAAAAGAUUAUAGGUUCUUGAAAGUUUUAUUUUAUUGAAAGAGAAUUUUUUUUUUUUGAAUUUAGGGUUCUUGAAUUUAGUAUUUAACUUUUUGGGGGCAAAAGAUUAUAGGUUUCUUGAAAGGGUUUCUUGGGAAUUAAAGAGAAAAUGUAAGGAUUUGAUUGAAAGAACAAGAACAAGAAUCGGGGUCUGGAGAGGGUAGAGUGUAUGCUGAGUCGUAGACGUUACACUACUCGAGGAGGUAGAAAGGAUUAUAUUGAAUGGGGAAUACAUGUAUAGGACCCAAAUUGGGUAACAAUGGGUUCUUGCAAUCAGUAACAGCAGUUGUUUGGAAAACAAGACAACAAGAACAUUUACCUCUUGCAAAUAAAGGGGACUCAAAUUCCCACAAAACCCAAGAGCAUUCAUCCGUCGGAUCGUCGAAGAAAGUAGAUGGAAAUGAUACUAAUAGAUUUGGUGGUACUCAGAGUACUCCACCCCCACACCUUAAGAUUAGUGGAGAUGAUACUAAUGAGAAGAAUUCAUCAUCAAAUGUUAAUAAUAAGCCAGUGGAAGGAGUGAAACAGAAUAAGCCUAGUCAUGUUAAGCGAGUAUCGAGCAUUGGGCUUAAAAUCGACUCUGUUUUGGGAAGAAAAACUGGUAAUUUGAAGGAGAUUUGUAGUUUAGGGAGGAAGCUUGGACAAGGUCAAUUCGGGACGACAUAUUUAUGUGUGGACAAGGUACAUGGAAAGGAGUUGGCGUGUAAGUCCAUUGCUAAGAGGAAGUUGAAUACCGAGGAGGAUGUCGAGGAUGUAAGAAGGGAGAUUCAGAUUAUGCACCAUUUGGCAGGGCACCCUAGUGUGGUACAAAUAGUAGGGGCUUAUGAGGAUGCUGUUGAAGUACAUGUCGUGAUGGAGCUUUGUGCGGGUGGGGAGCUUUUCGACAGGAUUUUACAGAGAGGACAUUACAGUGAGAAGAAGGCAGCUGAACUCGCUAGGGUAAUUGUAGGUGUCGUGGAAGCAUGUCAUUCCAUGGGUGUCAUGCAUAGGGACCUCAAACCCGAGAACUUUCUUUUUAUCAACCAGGAUGAAGAUUCGCCCUUGAAGACAAUCGACUUUGGGUUAUCAGUGUUCUUCAAGCCAGGUGAAAUCUUCACUGAUGUUGUCGGAAGCCCUUAUUAUGUUGCCCCAGAAGUGUUGCGGAAGCAUUAUGGUUUAGAAUGUGAUAUAUGGAGUGCUGGAGUGAUCAUUUAUAUUUUACUAAGUGGAGUUCCCCCCUUCUGGGAAGAGACGGAGCAAGGAAUAUUUGAACAGGUUCUAAAAGGGGAACUUGACUUUGUAUCAGAACCUUGGCCAUCUAUAUCAGAAAGUGCAAAAGAUCUUGUCAGAAAGAUGCUUGUGAGAGAUCCAAAAAAGAGGCUAACAGCUCAUGAAGUACUUUGUCACCCAUGGGUCCGUGUUGGCGGUGUAGCUCCAGAUAAGCCUCUUGAUUCUGCUGUUCUGACUCGUCUCAAUCAAUUUUCUGCAAUGAACAAAUUAAAAAAGAUAGCAGUUAGAGUUAUUGCUGAAAGCCUAUCUGCAGAGGAAAUUGCAGGACUCAAGGAAAUGUUCAAAAUGCUAGAUACCGAUAAUAGUGGAAAUAUUACGUUGGAGGAACUGAAGAAAGGUUUGGAACGAGUAGGUGCCGAUCUGAAGGAUUCAGAAAUAACUAGUUUAAUGCAAGCGGCAGAUACUGAUAAUAGUGGUACCAUUGACUACGGCGAGUUUAUAGCAGCUAUGCUCCAUCUAAAUAAAAUUCAGAAGGAAGAUCACAUGUAUGCAGCUUUUUCUUAUUUCGAUCAAGAUGGUAGCGGAUACAUCACAAAGGACGAGCUCCAACAAGCUUGUGAGAAGUUCGGGAUGAGCAACAUCCCCAUCGAAGAACUUAUGCGUGAAGUUGAUCAAGAUAAUGAUGGACGGAUCGAUUACAAUGAAUUUGUAGCAAUGAUGCAAGACACCGGUUUUGGCGAAAUGGGGAGCAGAAGGAGGUAAGUGAUGGUAUUUUAGAGACGUUAAAAGCCCGGAAAGCCUCGAUAAAAUCAUACUACGCGCGUACAUCGCGACGUAUUCGUGUUCAUAAUCCCCAUAAGUACAUGAACAUGAGAAUUUUUCACUGUAUAUAUCAUACAUACAUGUAAAAAUUAGUCAGGCAAUUGGAGAGGGGAAGGCUAGUUUUUCUUGCUUAUAAGCAUUCCCAUUUUGUA